GGAGAGAAUAGAGUUGUUGACUCUGUAAUACAAUCCAGGGAUCAGAUAAAUCUCUUUUGACUCGAAUAAUAUAUUACAAUUCUUAGAAAUGAAGAUUUGGAUAUAUCACACAAUGACUCGGCAACAACCAUACCGUUGUAGAACCUUAUCAACGGAUUCGGGACCGAAUUUAUGGCGCCGGAAUAAUGCUAUUCCGGUCCCUGCCGAAGACAAGCCGGGCUUUGUUGCAUAUCUACAGAAUGGCUCGCAAAAUUGCCAUUUUGGCGAACGCGAAAAGGUGUAGUAACGUGACUAAUAAUUGAUUUGAUAUCUCAGUUCGUUCACAUGUGAUAAAGUUGAGUAUCGUCGACGCAUAAUGGAAACAAGUAAUAAGAAACCGACUCUUGUGGCUUCAACAAAUGAUAUAUAUUCUUGUUCCAUAUCAACUUCUCAUUUGCGCGAACAGGAGUUAAGGAAAAACGAUGCAACGCAAGAAGGAAUAGAAUGUGUGGAUGGUGAGGUGUUGAAGAGAGGCGAAAGUCACAGGAUCAGAGAUGAAGAUUUGGAGGUGAAUUAUUUUAAAAGUGCGCAAUGGACACCUGACGGAACAACCCUCCUGGCUUCCUCCGCCGAUAAUCAAAUUCGUACAUUCAUCCUCCCUCCUACACUUCUCGACGACCCUUCUACUCCACUAUCCCUCACUCCCUAUACAACACACGCAUUUCCUACCCCCGUGAACUGCAUUGCUCCCUACCCACACUACACACUCUCAGACCCCAGCACAACUCUCUAUCUUAGCUGUCCCAAUUCCCUCCCAAUCCGCCUCUCAAACAUUCUGUCUCUCACCGCUACUCCCCAAGCUAGUUACAAUCUAAUCUGUCCCACCACCGAAAGAUAUCUCACACCUGCAUCUAUUCUCUGGAGUUUUCCCGGAACUCAUUUUUUAACCGGAACAGAAUGUCUCAUAUCCCACUUCGACAUAUCUCGUCCUGGCUCUGGUCCUGUCACCAAGCUCCCCACUAUUCCUUCCAAGCGCCAUAAAAUUAAAGGCGGCGGCGUGGGAAUGCGCGGUAUUGUAAGUGCAUUGUCGCUGCAGCCAUGUACUGACCCGUCUGCUACAAGUAUCCUCGCAGCUGGCACUUGGACAAGGUGGCUUGGUCUCUAUGAUGCUUCUGGCUUGGGUGGAACUGUUGCUACGUGGGAUAUUUCCACAGCAGCCGAUAAAGAGGCGGGCAUUGGAGGGCAAGGGGUUAGUGAGGUGGGUUGGAGUAGCUGUGGAAGGUACUUGUGGGUUGCGGAACGGAAGACCAGAGGCGUGCUUGUAUAUGAUGUGAGGGUUACUGGAAAGCUGGUCACUUGGCUGGAAGGCAGGGAAGCGGAGACGAAUCAAAGGACGGGAGUAGAUUCUUUCGAAGGAGAGAAGGGGAUGGAAAUUUGGACGGGAGGUACGGAUGGUGUAGUGAGGGUGUGGGAAGGGGUAGGUAGGAAGGAAGGUGGUGUUGAGUGCGAUUGGGAGUGGAAAGCCCAUGACGAUCCAAUAGGCUCGACAGUGUUACACCCAUCUGGAACAGUCAUAGCAACUUGUUCGGGUCAAAGAAUUGAAACGAAUAUCGAUGUUGAUGUUAAUGAUGAUGAUACAUCAGAUGAAGAUAGCUCCGAUGAUGAAAGUGCCCCAAAUUCGCUGCAAUCCCCGCCUAGGACACCUAAAGACACAGGUAGAGCACCAGAUAACAGUUUAAAAGUAUGGAGUUUAUAACACGAAAGCCUAUUUCAAUUAUUUUAAUCUAUCUGUGAGCA